AUGGCAGCUACAGAAGACCAUCCCAACGACACAACCGUCACCGUACUUCUCCUCGGAGAUCCGGGAUGUGGAAAGUCAACAUUUCUAUCUCGUCUGAAAAACGGCAGAGCCCCUUCUGGCGGUCGUCCUAAUGAUGGUUCUGUUGUUGAGCUCCUUCGAGACUCUGAUCAGCCGUUCGUCUAUGAUAUUCGAUUCUCGAAGGCAUCGUUCACUCUACAUAUCUACGAUACUGCGAGUCCUAAUCAGCAUUGGACGACGUUGAGACCUGAUCUUGUCGGGUUGGCUUUUGAUAUUUCAGAUCGUGAUACGUUGGGUGGAUUGAAGAGGUGGCGGAACGAUAUUACUAGAUACUUCCAGCAUGGCUCUGGCGAGAGGAUCCCGGUGAUGAUGAUCGGGUUGAAAAGAGACCUUAGAGGGAAGAGUGACGAUAUCAUCUACCCCCAGGAGUCAUAUAGGAUUGCCCAAGAACUCCACUGCGAUCAGUACGCGGAGUGUUCUGCAGUUACAGGAGAACUUCUCGCUGAGACGUUUGAAGACCUCGCCAGGCUGGCGGGUAUGACGACUACUGAAGCUGGAGGGCAGACUAGUGGAGGUUGUACUAUUCAGUGA